UUCAGACCAGAGUGUCAUUGGCUAUUAGCAGCUGCUGGAUGCUGCUUUGGAAGAGAAGGUUGUCAAAUAUUUGUUAUAUUUUGUUGCAUUUGUAAGCAUUGCUUUACACAAUGGCAAUUUUACGUACUGUGGUGUGGUGGCCAAUCUCCUUCUUGUUCUUCUCAUCUAGAAUUCUCACUGCUCCCCAGUUUUCAGUUUAUUUACAGAAAAUUCUGAAGAAUCAGACUGCCCAUGCAUGUGAUGGUGAACUUCUCUCUGUGACGUGUCCACACAAAACCAGCAUAAGUGUCCUGUCUGCCUUCUAUGGACGAAAAAUCCCCAGCGACUAUCUGUGUCCUACCAAUGGGGAUGUCAGCACGGAAAGCCGCAACUGCUCAUCAUUGAUAGCUAUCCAGAAAGUGCACGAUGAGUGCCAGGAUCAGCGUUCUUGUCAUCUGCUUGUCAACAGUCGUGUUUUUGGCAGUGACCCUUGUCCGUCCACCAGCAAAUAUCUUAUUGUUUCAUUUAAAUGCAAACCCGAAAACCAUCGGAGCAAGACCGUCUGUGAGAAUGGGAAACUGAGACUGGUUUGCAGGAAUCAGACAGUCCUGGCUAUUUAUUCUGCUACAUUUGGUCAUCUCCAUCAGCCAAAUCCCGAGUGCCCACAAGAUAACGCAGGGCCCGACAUAGACUGUCUUUCCUACACAACUCUCAAGAAAGUCUCACGGAGGUGUCAUGGCAAACCUAACUGCUCCCUGACUGCUGAUACUCAGACAUUUGGUGAUCCGUGCUACCCAGGACUGAGAAAACACCUGAGGGUAUCCUAUACGUGUGUACCAAGAAGCCUUCUGGAUGAAGCUGGACGAGAGGCACCAGAUCCCUUUUCUAUUUCCGAUUACAACCAUGGUGGCUGGUACACUGGUCCUGGAGUAAUCAGGCCUCAGCAGAACUGGGUGAUAUUUACCAGCACUUUGGCCAGCAUUAACCGAGUGUGGGGUCUCCCAGAAGCAGUGGCAUUGUACUUUGUUUCUGGGAUUUGUGCUGGCCUUGUCUUCCUUUUCUGUAUAUUUGGACUGAAGGCGACUAUGGUUCAAGAUGUAAAGAAUCUUUGCGCUGAUCUGAAUGGAAAGGUAAAAACAGUGAAUGAAGAGGAGCCCAAGCAAGAAGAAACAGAUGACUCUGAUGAUGAUACAUCUUCUGAGUCAUCCUUUCGUCGACUGGCCCGGUCAUACCAUACUUCAGAAAAUGUCUUCACCCCAGAGAUGACAGCAGAGAUUAUUGAGAGAGCUGAAGAAAAGAUUGAGAAUGAGAUUUGGGUGCAUAGAAAUUCUAGCCCUUAUGCCAUUCAUAAGAUCAGAAUAGCCACACAAUAACAGAGUGAUUAUAAGGGCUUCAGAAAAAAGAAAAUUAAAAUAGAAACUUUGUUUAUGUACAUACUUAAUUUAGAAUAUGUUAAGAAAUAAGUUAUUGGAAUUGAUAAGUAGUAUCUAAGAACUUUAAUAUCUAACAUAAAAGUUAAUUUGUUUCCUUUUGGUUCUCCGGUUUCCUCCCACAGUCCAAAGACAUGCAGGUUAGGUGCAUUGGCGAUCCUAAAUUGUCCCUAGUGUGUGCUUGGUGUGUGGGUGCCCUGUGGUGGGCUGGCGCCCUGCCUGGGGUUUGUUUCCUGAAACUGUUAGAAUUAUUUUUUUGUUUUGGUUUUGAUCUUCUUUCCUGGGAACAGUUUUACUUUACUUAGUUUAAUGUAAUCUGAAUAAUUACAAAAUAAAUUCAGAUCAUCUGUAAAUAA